GCCGCAGCCUCCGGCCGCCGCCACAGGUGCCCCCGCCCCGCCCCGCCCGCCAUGGGCCGCCAGGACAAGGGGGAGCGGCCGGACCCGGCGCCCUACGGGGAACAGUGUAAAUAUGAUCCCUCGUUCCGGGGCCCAAUUCGGCAGAGGAGCUGCACCGACAUCAUCUGCUGCGUCCUCUUCAUGGGCUUCCUGGCCGGCUACAUGGUGGUGGGAAUCCUGGCCUGGCUCUACGGGGACCCCCGGCAGGUGAUUUACCCCCGGAACUCGACCGGCUCCUACUGCGGGAUCGGCGCCAACGCGGGCAAACCCUACGUGCUGUAUUUCGACCUGCUCCAGUGCGUCACCUCCCUCAACGUCCUGGCAGCCGCGAUGAACGGGCUGCAGUGUCCGACCACGCAGGUCUGUGUCGCUUCCUGCCCCGACGCCUUCUGGGUGGUGCCGCCCGCGGGAUACCUGCCUGGGGCGAAGCCGGCGGCCGUGCUGAACCAGACCUGGUGUGACCCCAGCCUGAACCUCUCCGACACCAGCCUGACAGUGUCGGAGAUUCUGAACCGCGAGCUCUGCCCUCGAUACACCAUCGCAUCUGUGCCAACCUUCAAUCGCUGCUUCCCCGAUUUCAACACGAGCGGCCUGAGCAGCUUCGCCCUCCCGGGCCGGACGCCCAACGAGACCAAGGAGCUGCUCUCGUCCGGAGCCCAGCAGAUCGUGGAGUCUCUGAACGCCAAGGACGUCGGGAUGAAAAUCUUUGAGGAUUUUGCCAGCAGCUGGUACUGGAUCCUCAUCGGGCUGCUGAUCGCCAUGGUGCUGAGCCUCCUGUUCCUGCUGCUGCUGCGGCUGGUGGCCGGGGUGCUGGUCUGGGUGCUGAUCCUCGGGGUGCUGGCCGUCACCGCCUACGGGAUCUACCACUGCUGGCGGGAGUACAGCACCUUGCGCACGGCCGGCGCCACCAUCAGCAACGUCGGCUUCACCACCAACCUCAGCGUCUACUCCAACGUGCAGGAGACGUGGCUGGCGGCCCUGAUAAUCCUGGCCGUGGUGGAAGGCGUCCUCCUCCUCCUCCUCAUCUUCCUCCGCAAACGCAUCCUCGUCGCCAUUGCGCUCAUCCAGGAGUCCAGCCGAGCCAUCGGCUACAUGAUGUCCACCCUGUUCUACCCCCUGGUCACGUUCCUCCUGCUGCUCGUCUGUGUGGCCUACUGGGCCAUGACGGCUCUCUAUCUGGCCACGUCCGGGACUCCCUUGUAUCGUGUCACCAGCGGCAACUCCAGCGACCCCAGGUGCUCCGGCAUCUCGGGCAACGAGACCUGCAACCCCAUGACGUUCAACGCCUCCCGCUACCAGCCCUGCCCGGCCGCCGGCUGCACCUUCUACAAGUACAACGACGAGGGGCUCUACCAGCGCAACCUCUUCAACCUGCAGCUCUACAACGUGCUGGGGCUGCUCUGGGCGGCCAACUUCGCGCUGGCGCUGGGGCAGUGCGUGCUGGCCGGCGCCUUCGCCGCCUACUACUGGGCGCGGGACAAGCCCCGGGACAUCCCCGCCUGCGCCGUGGGGAGCAGCUUCCUGCGCACGCUGCGGUACCACACGGGGUCGCUGGCUUUCGGGGCCCUGAUCCUCACCAUCGUCCAGCUGAUCCGCAUCGUCCUGGAAUACCUGGACCACAAGCUCAAAGGAGUGCAGAACCCCUUCACCCGCUGCCUGCUUUGCUGCCUCAAGUGCUGCUUCUGGUGCCUGGAGAAAUUCAUCAAAUUCCUCAACAGGAACGCCUACAUCAUGAUUGCGAUUUACGGGAAGAAUUUCUGCACCUCCGCCAAGAACGCCUUCAAACUGCUCAUGCGCAACAUCGUUAGGGUGGUGGUGCUGGACAAGGUGACGGACCUGCUGCUGCUCUUCGGGAAGCUGCUGGUGGUGGGGGGCGUCGGGGUCCUGGGGUUCUUCUUCUUCUCGGGCCAGAUCCCGAUCUCCGACCCCCGGUUCCGCUCACCCUCCCUCAACUACUACUGGCUGCCUAUCCUGACGGUGGUGGUGGGCGCCUACCUGAUCGCCCAGGGCUUCUUCAGCGUCUACAGCAUGUGUGUGGACACCCUCUUCCUCUGCUUCCUGGAGGACCUGGAGCGGAACGACGGCUCGGUGGAGAAGCCGUACUACAUGUCGUCCUCCCUCAUGAAGAUCCUCAACAAGAAGAACAAGAAGGCGGAGACGAAAUAGCCCCCCCCAAAUGUGGGGCGCUGCCCCUCCCCCGUCACUCCAUUUCCUGUCGGGGGUCCCCCAUUCGUCCCCCUGCCCGGUGGCCAUCUUGCAUUGCAGGUUCCUUCCCCUCGAUGGCGUCACUUCCUGUCUUCCAUAUCGUAGCGUAGGCCUGCUCCCCUCCCACCAUUGCCAACCUUCCCCUCGAUGGCGUCACUUCCUGUGGGCCAUAUCGUAGCGUAGGCCUGCUCCCCUCCCACCAUUGCCAACCUCCCGCUCGAUGGCGUCACUUCCUGUGGGCCAUAUCGUAGCGUAGGCCUGCUCCCCUCCCACCAUUGCCAAUCUCCCGCUCGAUGGCGUCACUUCCUGUGGGCCAUAUCGUAGCGUAGGCCUGCUCCCCUCCCCCAGUCCUGCCAACCUCCCGCUCGAUGGCGUCAUAUCCUGUCGGCCAUAUUGUAGUGUAGGCCUGCUCCCCUCCCACCAUUGCCAACCUUCCCCUCGAUGGCGUCACUUCCUGUGGGCCAUAUUGUAGCGUAGGCCUGCUCCCUUCCCCCACCAUUGCCAACCUUCCCCUCGCGGUUGUCACUUCCUGUCUUCCAUAUUGUAGCCUAGGCCUGCUCCCCUCCUCACCAUUGCCAACCUCCCGCUCGAUGGCGUCACUUCCUGUGGGCCAUAUCGUAGCCUAGGCCUGCUCCCCUCCCCCAGUCCUGCCAAUCUCCCGCUCGAUGGCGUCACUUCCUGUCGGCCAUAUCGUAGCCUGGGCCUGCUCCCCUCCCCACCAUUGCCAACCUCCCGCUCGAUGGCGUCACUUCCUGUGGGCCAUAUCGUAGCGUAGGCCUGCUCCCCUCCCACCAUUGCCAACCUCCCGCUCGAUGGCGUCACUUCCUGUGGGCCAUAUCGUAGCGUAGGCCUGCUCCCCUCCCACCAUUGCCAACCUCCCGCUCGAUGGCGUCACUUCCUGUCUUCCAUAUUGUAGCCUAGGCCUGCUCCCCUCCCCCAGGCCUGCCAACCUCCCGCUCGAUGGCGUCACUUCCUGUCGGCCAUAUCGUAGCCUGGGCCUGCUCCCCUCCCACCAUUGCCAACCUCCCGCUCGAUGGCGUCACUUCCUGUCUUCCAUAUUGUAGCGUAGGCCUGCUCCCCUCCCCCAGUCCUGCCAACCUCCCGCUCGAUGGUGUCACUUCCUGUCGGCCAUAUCGUAGCCUGGGCCUGCUCCCCUCCCCACCAUUGCCAACUUCCCGCUCGAUGGCGUCACUUCCUGUGGGCCAUAUUGUAGCAUAGGCCUGCUCCCCUCCCACCAUUGCCAACCUCCCGCUCGAUGGCGUCACUUCCUGUGGGCCAUAUUGUAACGUAGGCCUGCUCCCCUCCCACCAUUGCCAACCUCCCGCUCGAUGGCGUCACUUCCUGUCGGCCAUAUUGUAGCGUAGGCCUGCUCCCCUCCCCCAGUCCUGCCAACCUUCCCCUCAAUGGCGUCACUUCCUGUCGGCCAUAUCGUAGCCUGGGCCUGCUACUUAAGUGACUGCAGCCGAGCUCCGUCACAUUAGCUCCACUUCCUGUCGGCCAUUUAACUGGGGGGGCCGGGGCCGGGGCCGUAGUCCCGGCCGCCGCCUCUCCGGCCUGGUUCCUCCAUGUCGUGUGCCAUCCGCCCCACUUUACUUCUCCAACCCCCACAUCCUCCAGUCCCAGGCCCACUUCCUGUCUCAGCCCGGGUCACAUCCUGUCCGCCCGCAGCCCGCCCUCUAUCCCGCCGAUGGCCACUGUGCUUUCAAUCCCAGGCCCACUUCCUGUCUGUAAGUGUGUCACUUCCUGUCCCUGGCCAAUCCAGGCCAUGCCACCUGCUUUAGGAAUUACCAUAAUCGAGCCAUCUCCCCUAUAUACCAACCCCCCCGUGGCCUAGCCACGGAAAUGCUGCAGCUAGAGCCUCUCAGGGCGUCUCUCCGCAGAGACCAAGGGCAUUAUGUAGGAAGAAGAGAUUUUAUUAAAGAUGAUUUAUUGAUUG